AGAAAAUUGGUCCAGCAUCUUUGAGCAGUGGAGUGGGUGACAGGAACCAUAAAAUGCAUAGAAAUUAGCUCGCAAUUUCCCUUAAUUUGCGAUGUGUUCGCUAUAGCAAUGAGAGAAACGGAUUUUUAAAGGGUGGACCUUCUAUUUUACCUCUUUGGAGAUCUGGCCGUUUGUCAAUGAGAUAUGUGGAACCGCUCUAACCAUCGGUGUUAACGCAGAAAAAUACAAGAUGAAGAAGCAAUUCAAUCGAAUGCGACAGCUCGCCAACCAAACAGUGGGCAGGGCUGAGAAAACUGAAGUGUUAAGUGAGGACCUCCUCCAGGUGGAGAAGCGACUGGAGCUUGUCAAGCAGGUGUCCCACAGCACCCACAAGAAGCUGACUGCCUGUCUGCAGGGCCAGCAGGGUGUGGACGUGGAGAAGAAGUCUGUCAGAUCGCCCUCGAAGAAACUCCCUCUCACGACACUCGCACAAUGUAUGGUGGAGGGGGCUGCUGUGCUGGGGGACGACUGUCUUCUGGGGAAAAUGCUGAAGCUGUGUGGCGAGACACAGGACAAACUUGCCCAGGAGCUCAUUCUGUUUGAGCUCACCAUCGAGAGAGACGUGGUUGAGCCCCUGUAUGAACUGGCAGAGGUGGAAAUCCCCAACAUCCAGAAACAAAGGAAACAUUUAGCUAAACUGGUGCUGGACAUGGACUCUGCACGUACACGGUUUCAUCAGUCAUCCAAAUCUUCAGGUCUCUCCAGUAACCUGCAGACUACAGGGGCCAAGGCCGACCACCACAGGGAAGAGAUGGAGGAGGCAGCCAAUCGGAUGGAAAUUUGUCGAGAUCAGUUAUCAGCGGACAUGUACAGUUUUGUGGCCAAAGAAAUCGACUAUGCAAGCUACUUUCAGACAUUGAUAGAGGUCCAGGCAGAGUACCACAGGAAGUCGUUGGAGCUGCUCCAGAGUGUUCUGCCCCAGAUCAAAGCCCAGCAGGAGACAUGGGUAGAGAAACCGUGCUACGGGAAGCCUUUAGAGGAGCACUUGGCCCUCAGCGGGAGAGAUAUUGCCUUCCCCAUCGAAGCCUGCGUCACCAUGCUGCUGGAGUGUGGCAUGCAGGAAGAGGGCUUGUUCAGAGUCGCUCCCUCGGCCUCCAAACUGAAGAAGCUGAAAGCCUCUCUAGACUGCGGGGUCAUGGAUGUUCCGGAGUAUUCCGCGGAUCCGCACGCUAUUGCAGGUGCUUUGAAGUCAUACCUACGUGAACUCCCAGAGCCACUGAUGACCUUUGAACUCUACGAAGAGUGGAUUCAAGCUUCAAAUAUUCCAGACCAGGACAAGAGACUUCAGGCACUCCUCACAGCCUGCGAGCAGCUACCCAUGGCCAACAGCAACAACUUCAAGUAUUUAAUCAAAUUCCUUGCCAAGUUGAAUGAGUACCAGGAUGCAAAUAAGAUGACCCCUGGAAAUAUCGCAAUUGUCCUGGGCCCUAACCUCCUGUGGACCCAUGAUGAAGGGAACAUCACUGAGAUGAUGACAACUGUGUCCUUGCAGAUCGUAGGCAUCAUUGAGCCAAUCAUACAGCAUGCCGACUGGUUCUUCCCUGGAGAGAUUGAGUUUAACGUGACAGGAAAUUAUGGCAGUCCCGUUCACACCAACCACAACGCCAACUACAGCUCCAUGCCCUCCCCGGAUAUGGACCACACCGACCGCAAGCAUAACGACCAGAGCCGACGCCCCCUCAGUGUUGCCACCGACAACAUGAUGCUGGAGUUCUAUAAGAAGGAUGGCAGCAUUAGGAAAAUACAAAGCAUGGGUGUCAGGGUGAUGGACACCUCUUGGGUGUCCCGCCGAGGUUCAUCUUCGGCCCGUAAAACCUCAUCCACGCCACCGGGCAUGCUGCCCCCCACCCUGCCCUCAGACGUGCUCCUCCCCGAGCAGCCAGGGGACUUUUCUACAUCCCCCUCUCCCACCCCUCCUCCCGCUAGCGGUGACCGGGCCAGCUCGGAUGAUGCGUCCUCCAAUUGGUCGGACUCCUGUUAUGCCUACCCCUCCCCUGAGGAGGAGAAACCCCCUCCCCCUUAUCCCUCUUCCUCCUCUUUCUCCUCCGGUUACCUACCUCCCCAUCAUUUUUACACCCGGGCACCGCAGUGUGUGCGGCCUGUUGCCCCCGGUCCCGAGUCCAUGCCCCCGGGGCCCUCCCCCCCACCUCCCCCCCGCUGGCCUGGCUACAGCCCUCCCCCUCUCCCUCCCUUGUGCCCAUCCCCCCAUCAGCUUGACAUCAACUCUAACCCCAAGCCCAGCUCCCUGCACCUGCCCAAACAGGGCUCCCUACCCGAUGCUCUGCAUGCAAUCCCGUCCGAAACUAACGUGUCCCCCCUCUACAUCAAAACCCCCCUCGUUCUAGCCCGGCACGACCCGCCCCUCGGCUCCCUCCCUCCUAACACCCCCCUAUCAGCCCCCCCUCCUUGGGGAGCCUGUGCCUGUAACCGAGAGAGAGGAGCCAAGCUGACUAGUACACUGAAGAACAAGGAGCUCUCCCCUGUGAUUGGACAGAAGAGCCAGGGAUCAACAGCGUCUGGUGGUCCGACACAACACUCUGAACACAGCCCUCUCACUCUGAGAAGAGCCAAAAAGUUGGCCCCCAUCCCACCUAAAGGGCCGUACCCUCAGUCGGGGGGGAUGUCGGACCAGUCAACCGGUCAGCCUUCCCCGGUCAGCCUAUCCCCCACCCCUCCCAGUACCCCCUCCCCGUACGGCUUCAGCUACCCCCAGGGCUACGCCACCAUAGGCUCUCCUGGACAGGUCCAGACAGUGACCACGCCGUCCCUCUCCUCCCCUCCCUCGCUUGCUGGCACGCUCACCAAGGCCAGGCCAACUCCCAAGCCACCCAGGCAGAGGCCCAGCCUGCCCCCUCCUCAGCCCCCCUCCACCCCUGGCUCCAGCCCCCAGCCUCUGGAACACGGCCUGCUGGAUGGAUUGUCUCCUGGGGAGAGCAUGUCCACAGAUUCUCUCUGUAACCUGGAUAUUCCCAUCAUUAAUGUGGAGCUGGACGGUAUCUUUGACGAGCCUAGGUGCGCCCCCUACAGGAAUUCUGUGGCUGUGGUCGAAUCUAUCAACAGAGCAGAGUCGGACGAAGAGUCUGAGAGCACGGUACUAUGACAACGAGACUCCGCCCACAACGAGACUCCGCCCUCGGAUCUUCAACUAUACCGUCCUUCCUCCAGGAGUCAGCGCCUUCCAUCUGACCUUUGACCUACCCAGCGUUCUCUCACUUCCUGUUUUCACCCAUUUACACAAAACACCAGAAUCAGCCAAGCUAUAAAAAAAAUUCAAACUCACACCACAUACACAUUUAUUAAUAAAUACGAAUAUGACAAUUACUGAUAUAAGCAUCGAGGCUUUCAUCAGCUGUUUGACACUUGAGGAGGGAAAGAACUUUCGAUACAUUCAAUCCAACACAAUUCUAGGUUUUAUGCUGACUUCAUGUGAUUCUGUGGUAUGGUCAUUUUAAGGAACUUUUAUCUUUCUUUUGGCCUUAUUUGAGUCAUUUGCAAUAUUGCCUUUAGCUUCACGUACCAGACAGGAAAUCAAGCUGCUCAGUCAAACUGCUCCUGCAGUAUGUGAGUGCAGCAUGAAAGGAAGCACAAUUAUUGUACAUCUCUGUCCUGUCAAUGUAUAGAUAUUUGUCUUUCUUUCACCAAGACUAAAUGAUUUCCCUUGAGACCA